UUCUCUUCCUCGAAUCAUUUUAAGAGGGUUGUUCUGUGGUCAUAAUGAUAUGGCUAGUUGAUGUUGGGUUUCGAUUUCAGUAAAGCGAACAGAAACGAAAGCUAGGCAGAUGGGAGGAUGUUUACUGUUGAAUCAGCUGUAGCCCAGGUGCUCAUCUGAUCUGAACCAAGAACAUCAGGUGUGGAUCAACUGAUCUUCUCGAACUCUUCCCAGAUGUUCUGUGGGUAUCUGUCACCGCGGUGGGCAUCUCUGAGACACAUACAGCUCAGAAUGAGAGGCCUAACUAACUACCGUCUGUCCUGCUGUGUGAACUCUAUGCUGCAAACUCUUGUUGUUACCUGGGAACUAGCAGUGAUUCUAGAAAAGAGGCAAGUGGCUGGUUCAGGAGCAGAUGAUUGUAACAUCCCCCUGCAGCUGAAGAAAGUACUCACGGCCACGCAGAGCGACGCAACUCAACCUGCUCCACAUCGCAACUUCCUCCACUGCCUGGACAGAAACUCCAUCAGAUUAAACAUUCAGCACGACGCAGAUGAGAUUUUCCUCUCCAUUCUGGGCUUAGUUCGGCAGAAGAUGGACGACAGAGUUCUGGCUCUUGAAAUUGAGAAUCUGUACAAGAUCUCAGUGGAGACGCAGCUGCGGUGCUUGGAGUGUGACCUGGUUCAAACUCGGAGCAGCUUCCUGCUCAGCCUGCCUUUACACAUAAAAGAAGAUGAAAACUCUCUGGUGAGUUUAAUUUCAAAACGAGGAAUUUCAGACUCACCAAGACUGAAACUUCAAAGUUCACCAAGAUCCUCAGGCUUCUAUCAGCUCUAGCCCUGAACUUUUCCA